UCGCUUAAGGAGAGAGAAGUGAACCAAACACUUAUUAAUUUGUGCGUAUAUGUAAUGGACUCUGUCAACAAUAACAACACACGUCUCUCUCUCGUGUUGUGCUGUCGUGUGUUCACUUGUGUAGACGACUGUAGACGAGGAUAACAGCUGAAGUUUCCUACAUUUGACAUUACAUUUGGACUGUGUGCGUACUUCUCAGCUGUUGUGUUGUGUAUGAGGCAUGGAUGACAAUGAUGAAGAGGAAAGCUGCAGUAUAUACCCGAUCGGCACUAAUAUAAAGGCCAAGAUGCAGCAGUUUGUAGAGGAAAGAACAGAAGUCAACAUGUGGACGGCUGUUCUGAUUGGAGCAGGGACAGCUGUCUGCAUCGUUGGCGUCGUCGUGUUUUUUCUUUACCGAAGAUACAAAAAGUCAAAGGAGGAGGCCGGCAUUCCUCACUAUCGCUUCAGGAAGAGAGAUAAGGUCAUGUUCUACGGUCGGAAGAUUAUGAGAAAGGUGCAGACGUUGUCCUCCGUCCCAGCCCCGAAUUCAAACUCAGCAUCCCGGCAGAGGGUGAGGAAGAGGACCAAAGUCCUGUCUAUAGCUCGCAAGAUCCUGCGUAUCCGGAGGGAGCCCACCACCCUACAGCCCAAGGAGCCUCCUCCCAGUCUCCUGGAGGCUGACCUGACUGAGUUUGAUGUGCAGAACUCCCAUCUGCCCUCUGAGGUGUUGUACAUGCUGAAAAAUGUCAGAGUACUGGGACACUUUGAGAAGCCUCUCUUCCUGGAGCUGUGUCGUCACAUGGUGCUGAUCCAGCUGCACCAGGGGGAGUCGCUCUUCCGACCGGGCGACACAGAUGACAGUAUUUACGUGGUUCAAGACGGCCGCCUGGAGCUGUGCAUCCAUGAGAGCGAUGGUACGGAUGCUGUGGUAAAGGAGGUUUUAACAGGAGACAGCGUCCACAGUUUGCUCAGCAUCCUGGAUAUCAUCACUGGCUAUCCGGCUCCUUACAAGACCGUGUCUGCGAGGGCUGCGGCUCCCUCCACCAUCCUGCGACUUCCAGCUGCAGCGUUUCAGUCAGUGUUUGAGAAAUAUCCCGAAACUCUGGUCCGUGUCAUCCAGAUCAUCAUGGUGCGUCUCCAGAGAGUGACCUUCCUCGCCUUACACAACUACCUCGGCCUGACCACUGAGCUCUUCAACCCGGAAAGUCAAGCCAUCUCCUUGGUGUCAGUGUCUCAUGUUUUGGGUGAGGCUCAUCCACACAGAGGCCUCCGCAGGCAACCCUCCCACUCUGAGGAGUCGGCCCCUGAAAAAUCAGACACAGAAAAAUCCAGUCCCUCUGAAGUGCCACCAAAAUUCAGGAAGUCUCGCUCUCUCUCCAAUCCCGCAGAUAUUACAGGUGAAAUGUCAGUUGACCUCAACAGAGUGUAUGAACGGGCGAGAAUUGCCAAAGAGGAGAUGGUGCCUGCAAGUCCAGUGAAGUCUAUCCUGAAGAAGAGCGUGACAAUGCUGCACACUCCAUCUGCCGUUUACCACUACAGCGACACAGGAGGGGGGAAUGUUCAACAUAAUAAGGUCAAUGCCAUUUUCCAAGCUGCCAAAAAGGAUCUGGUGCAGGUCAUCCAGAUACAGGACCCCAGUCUGCUGGAGGGGAGGGUGAAUCUACGCCAGGUCAAAGCUGGCACUGUCGUAGCCCACCAGGGAGACCAGGACGUGAGCGUGGCGUUUGUCAUCUCGGGCGUGCUCCACGUUUACCAGCGGAUGAUCGACCGCGAGGAGGAGAGCCUGCUGUUCGUCACCCACCCGGGGGAGAUGGUGGGUCACCUGGCCGUCCUCACUGGGGAGCCUCUCAUCUUCACCGUCAGAGCACAGCGAGAUUGCAUGUUCCUCUCCAUAUCCAAGGCUCACUUCUACGAGAUGAUGCGAGAAGAACCAAGGGUGGUGUUGAAUGUAGCUCACACGGUGGUGAAGAGGGUGUCACCGUUCGUCAGGCAGAUUGAUUUCGCUCUGGACUGGAUGGCUGUGGAGGCCGGCCGUGCCGUCUACAGACAGAGAGACAAGUCAGACAGCACCUUCAUUGUCCUCAGCGGCCGACUGCGCUCCGUCAUCGCAAAGGAUGAUGGGAAGAAGGAGCUAGCUGGAGAGUACGGUCGCGGGGAUCUCAUCGGUGUGGUUGAGGCCCUGACCCACAUGAACCGAGCCACCACAGUCCACGCUGUCAGGGACUCUGAGCUGGCCAAGCUGCCCGAAGGAGCUCUGAACUCCAUCAAGAGGAGGUAUCCUCAGGUCGUCACCAGACUCAUUCAUCUGCUGGGACAGAAGAUCCUGGGUAACAUGCAGCAGGUCAACGGGCCUCUAGCUGCACGCAGUCUGAGCCUCCACACCCCCAACAGUAAGUGGGAUGCAGGGAACCCAGUCUCCAACCUGUCCACUGUGACCAUCCUGCCUGUGUCUGACGAGGUUCCUCUCACUGCCUUCACUCUGGAGCUGCAGCACGCACUCAGUGGCAUCGGCCCCACUCUACUGCUGACCAGUGACACCAUCAAACAGCGACUGGGCGCUGCUGCUCUGGACAACAUCCACGAGUACCGCCUGUCCAGUUGGCUCGGCCAGCAGGAGGACAUCCAUCGCAUCGUCCUCUACCAGUCUGACUCUGGACUCACGCCGUGGACGCAGCGCUGCAUCCGCCAGGCCGACUGCAUCAUCAUCGUGGGACUGGCAGAGCAGGAGCCAGCUGUGGGCGAGCUGGAGCGGAUGUUGGAGGGAAGUUCAGUUCGGGCUCAGAAGCAGCUGGUGUUGCUGCACAGGGAGGAUGGCCCCCCACCUAAAGGGACGGCGGAGUGGCUGAACAUGCGGAGCUGGAUCUGCAGACACCAUCACCUUUCCUGCCCCCGCAGAGUGUUCUCCAGGAGGAGUUUACCCAAACUGAGAGAGUUGUACCAGCGAGUGUUUGAAAAGUGUCCAGAUCGUCACUCUGACUUCUCCCGCCUGGCCAGGAUCCUCACAGGAAACACCAUCGCCCUCGUGCUGGGUGGAGGGGGCGCCAGGGGCUGCUCUCAGGUGGGCAUACUGCGGGCUCUGAAGGAGGCGGGGAUCCCUAUCGACUUGGUGGGCGGAACCUCCAUCGGUUCCUUCAUGGGAGCACUGUACGCAGAGGAGAAGAGCAACAGUCGGAUGAGGGUCCGGGCUCGCGAGUGGGCCAUGGAUAUGACGUCUCUAUUUAAGAAGAUAGUGGAUCUGACCUACCCCGUCACCUCCAUGUUUUCUGGAGCUUCCUUUAACUCCAGCAUCAGCUCCGUCUUCAAGGGCAAACAGAUAGAGGACCUGUGGCUGCCGUACUUCAACAUCACUACAGAUAUCACAGCUUCCACCAUGAGAGUUCACACUUAUGGGUCGUUGUGGCGGUAUGUUCGAGCCAGUAUGUCUCUGUCUGGUUACCUGCCGCCUCUCUGUGAUCCUAAAGAUGGACACUUACUCAUGGAUGGAGGUUAUAUCAAUAAUCUGCCUGCUGAUGUUGCUCGCUCUAUGGGCGCCAAGGUGGUGAUCGCCAUUGAUGUCGGAAGCCAGGACGAAACCAACCUGACCAACUACGGUGACACUCUGAAUGGCUGGUGGUUGCUGUGGAAACGGCUCAACCCACUAGCUGAGAAAGUCAAGGUGUUGAACAUGGCAGAGAUCCAGACCCGACUGGCUUACGUCUGCUGUGUCCGGCAGCUGGAGCUGGUCAAAGACAGCGAGUACUGUGAGUACAUCCGGCCACCCAUCGACCGCUACGGCACGCUGGAGUUCGGCAAGUUUGACGAGAUCGCUGAGGUGGGAUACCAGCACGGGAAGACUCUGUUUGACGUGUGGCAGCGCAGCGGAGUGGUGGACAGCAUGAUGAAGGACAGACAGGAGGAGUUACACAAGACCAAAACUGGCCAUGUGGUCACAUGUCCAAACGCUUCCUUCACUGACCUGGCGGAAAUCGUGUCAAGAAUCGAACCUGUGAAGGUGGCCACGAUUGAAGAGGAACUGUCAGAUGAAUACCAGACGGACUAUGACUAUGACGAGGACGCAGCUGAGAGCGCCCUCUCUGACUAUGAGGCAUUCACCGGUGGCAGUGAACACACAGAGGGAGAGGAGACGGCAGACACUGCUGAAACAGAUGAGGAGAUUCAAAUCAGAGUUCGACACCGGCUCAGUAAUGCCUCAGAAAGUGCUUGACUGUGACAUCCAUCAAAGCCACAGAACACACUUUUCAAUGCAGUAUUUCUGACUCCAAGUCAUGUGAUGGCUGUCUGAGUCUGUCUGAGUUUAUAUUUGACAUUAUAGAUGAGACUCAUGCUCAGUGUCUUGCCGAAGAACACUUCAGCAGGAUACAGGACAGAUUACAGACAGUGACUUAAUGUGAUACUCGAACCUCCAGCACAGCACAUAGUUUUAAAGGAGUGAGAGUUGUUUAAUUUCAGUGGUUUGAACAGUUACAGCAGAGAGUUGUAUUAAGUCCUAGUUAUGGAAAACAAGGAGAGAUUGAUUUUAAAGACUGUUAUCUUCAUACAAGCACAUCACACUCAAUAUACAAUACACUACAGUCCUUUAUCAUUUCAUUACAUACAGUGCCAGUUCAAUGCAUUGCUCGUCCAUACCAUGAUAAGCUCAGAUACAUAAUGCAAUACAUGUGUUUCAUAAUGUUUACAUGCAAGUCAAAGCAGUAAAUACAUGUUUUGUAUACAUGUAGAACACAGACAGUGUUAAGCUCAAUUUUAUGUGAUGAUGAAGGGUUUUCUACACAGUGUAAUAUGAACACUGACUAUAAUAAGCUUUAUCAUACAUGCAACACCUCUUCAAUCAGACAUGGAUCAUGAAUGUAUUUCUAACAUGGAGCAUUACUUUUUAGAAAACAGGAUUUUCAUAGUAGAUCAAACACUAAAUGUUCAACAGUCCGUCCAUUUAGUUCUCACCAUCGAGUCAACUGUAAAGUGUCUCUUAUAAAGGGAAUAUAAUAAGGGAGUCAUUUGGGAUUAUGAUUAUGUUCAUUAUCAUCUGUCAAUUAUUUUCUCGAUUAGUCAGUUAGAUGUUUGGUCUUCAAAAUGUUUUGAGAAAAGUUCUCCCAAGUAUGCCGUCCUCAAACAGUCCACAACCCAAAGAUAUUCAGUUUAUAAUCAUACAGGAAUAAAUAGAUCAGAAAGUAGUCACAUUUGAGGAUUUUCUAAAUUUCCUUCUUAUAGAAAAUGACUCGAAGCCAAUAAUCGACUAUCAAAAAGUUGCUGAUUAAAUGAAUAGCUGUCAACUGAUUGCUCAGUUUAAUUGUGGGAAGUGAUUCCAGUGGGACAUUAUGAACCCUGGAUCUUGUUAUUAUUACUGUCACUGUGCUAUUUCAUUUCUAUGAUGACAUGUCAAAAUGUGUGCCAUGGCAGAAGUCUGUUAGUAAGAACUGAACAUUACCUGACAGAAAUGAACUAAAGGUAACCAAAGCACUAUGUGACAGCAGUUAUUAUGUUGAUCAUUAUGUUAUGCAUUAUGUGAUAUGUGACAGUGUUGGUAAAUGUAACUUUAAAAGCCAUAUUAUCUGCCUUAUCCCCAUAUGUCUGAAGCAGUAAACCGUAUGUUCUUGUUCCCACUCUGAACCUUCCAUACAACAGUCAUGACUGAGACUUUUUAUGGGCCGCUGUGUUUGGAGCAGCUGUUUUAUAGAGCCAAUAUUGUACUUCACACAGCCUUUUUACACAUACAGUAGCUCUCUGCACCUAUAAGAACUGAACCAGCAUGUUUGCUUGGAUACAUGACCGAGCACUUUGCGCUGGUCUUUGCAACAUCACCAAUUAAAAGAAGUACACUUUUUAAAUUUUCCUAUUUAAUAUCAGUUAUGGUUUGAUACUUUGAUAAAUGUCAGUUAAUUAGUUGAUGCCUUUCUUGAUUUUAUUACCUGGGGACAGAAUACUGGGACCCACCGAUAUUGUUAGUUAGUGUAUUUGUACUUCUUGUGCCUGGACUUUUUUUUUUUUUUUUUUGGUCUAACUGUAUGAUAGAAUGAGAUUUUUAAACGUUAUUAUGAGUGUGACCCAGAGCUACCUAACACUGGUAUUAUUCUAAAAUGAGUAACUGCCGAUUAAUGCAAGGUUUUAUGUUUGAUAGCUGCUAUUUGUCCUUUUUAAUCACAGUGUUUAAUGAACUGACAUGGUAUUGACUCAUAAAGCUUUUAUUAUGAUGACUCUACGGUGAAAAAAACAUUUCACACAAAAAGAUGACAUGUCAUAAAACUCAAUCACUGUGUCUUAAAUCUCAUACAUCAAACAGUGCUGUUGCACACUUACCGGAUAUGACGAUUAGCUAAUUAGCAAGCUAGCAUUAGCAUUCACGUUAUCGUUUGCGGUACCAAAUCAUUACAAACUGCUAAAUUAACCCAAGAAACCUACUGAUUGCUUAUAUGUGACAACAGUAUAGUGGUAAUGUUCACCGUAGUUACAACGUCCUUGGCCACCAUUUCCUUUUGAAAUGUGGUUCCUUCCCUUCCGAUACAUAGCCAAGAUGGUGAUCAUUGAGGGUGAGAAGUGUCCAUAGACUGUUUUGAGUUUACUAUCUAGGUACUCCUAGUGCACUGCAUUUUUUCAUACUUCUCAGUGUAUGAAGUGUGCACUCACGCAAUCAAAAUAUGAAGUGUAAGUACAGAAGAAUGCGAUUUGAGACACAGUGCAAAUGAUGUUUGACAAAAGACAACUGUGGAAAUGGUGAAAUGUUGUGUUUUGCACCUCAGAGCCACCAUAGGUUACAACUGAACAGUUAAAAGGUAAUGUGUUAUAAGCAUAGUGCCUUUAAUACCCAUCAGAACACCAUAUUUUAGUGUUGAACAAUGCUGAUGUUAAUGCUUGAGUAUGCAAGAGUAUGUGCCACAAUGUUAGAAUACUUUCUGUAGCCUUUGAAAAACUGAAUAACUGAUGUUCACUUGUGUUGAGUAGAGUUAAGUGGAAUAAUGUAGAAUAAUUUAGACUAUUUAAUGAUGAAGAUUCAGUGAACAAACUGGUGGGUGAUGAAUAACAUGCACUAUUUGAUAGAAACUUUUUUUCUUUAACCGUGGAAUUGUGAAAGCCAAACAAUGCAUAACUGGAUACAAAAGGCAAGAAGAUGAAUUAUUCUGUGUAAUAUGGCAUUUAUAUGAAACUGUUUGAUGUCAUAUUAAAAUAAAAUGGUUUUGA